AUUUUAUGGGAGGCGAAACACAUCCAGUUUGCUCUGACGCUCUGUACACAUCCGCAGCGUGGCAGUCGCAUGCAGUUGCCUAGCCUGGUCCUAUACAGCUUUAGCUAUAGGCAUGCAGGGCGGUAUAGACUCCACAGCCGCAUCAGCUUAAAGAGUCCACUUCCCUCGGGCUUGCGUCCCCAACUUCUGAAGCACCGCCUUCGUGUUUAGACCUGAAAUUGAAACGGAUGGAAACAUUUGAUAAUCACAGACAUCUUAAGUAGCGUAGUUGGCGGACUGUGCAAACAGACGACCGAGAGCGCUUGAGCCUCGAGCCUUGCGUACUGUUUUGCUCCUUGAUUUUCUUCUAACUACAAGCGGCCUGCUGCUCAGGCCGCUGCGGCGGCAGGCCGGUUCUGCUAGGCGCAAAGUCUAAGCGAGAAUGGCCGCACCAGCUAUGUUGCCCGGCCAGGCGGUUAAGACGCCUGGUAGUAUCUGGGCUAAGGCGAUUGAGCACGCAAACGAGGAGCGGAAAAAGCCUGGCGCCGAUGGACGCGGAGAUGCAUUCUGCUACUUCGUGGGCUCGCGAGCGGCCGGCAAGAGCACGUUGCUCAAUCGCUUCUUGUAUCCCACGAGGGCGGAGGUACCAAAGCCGUCGGAGGGCAUUGAGUACACGUACGCGCGCAAACCCGCCGCCUUCGACCAUGAAAAGAAGGACCUUGCUCACAUUUGGGAGGUUGGAGGCAGCCAGGAGUUUGCGGAGGAGAUCGUGAACUCGGACCAACUGUUCCUCACGGCUAAGCAGGUGACGACCGCGGUGGUGGUGAUCGUGGUGGACUUGUCGGACCCCGCCGGCGUGUUGCCAACACUGCUGUACUGGGUGGAGCAGGUGAAGAAGAAGCUGGGCUCGACGUAUGAGAAGUUUGAGAAGAAGGGGCUGCAGCUGCCAGAGCAGCUGCGGCAGCGCGCCAAGUCCAAGCUGUACAGCGCCAACGAGGACAAGGACACUGUGUACCACAGCGGCAUCUCGCUGGUGAUCGCGGCGACCAAGUACGACGCCUUCAAGAACCAGGACCCAGAGGUCAAGAAGGUCAUGUCCAGGGUGCUGCGCUACAUCGCGCACGCGCACGGCGCCUUCCUGUGCUACCUGUCGGGGCUGCACGGCGCCAGCGAGGGCAGCGGCGCGGAGGACGCGGCGCUGCUGGACAACUUCACGCGCCUCAUGAACCACCUCAUCUUCACCGGCCUCGAGAAGAAGCCGGUGCUGAAGAUGCAGCCGCAGAUAGACCACACCGGGCCCAUCAUGGUGCCGGCAGGCUUCGACACCUUCAAAUCCGUGGGGCGGCCGCGCAGCCAGGGCGAGGGCACGGUGGCGGGCGGUCUGGCGGAGUGGCGCGAGCUGUUCGAGAAGAUGUUCCCGGGCGUGCGCGAGAAGGAGGCCAAGAUGUCGGCCAAGGGUGCCAAGUUUGUCAUCCCGGAGCAGUACAAGGAGGAGGAGGUGGACGCGGUGCGGCAGCGGAAGGUGACGGACCUGGAGAACUUCCGCAAGGAGCAGGCCGCCGCGGUGGAGGCCGCGAAGAAGAAGGCGCUGAUGGCAAAGGCGCAACAGGCCGAGGCCGCUGCCAAGAAAAAGGCCGGCGCGCCGGCGGCCGGCGCAAAGGCGCCCGCCAAGGCCAGCCCUAACGGCACGCCGCCGCGUCGGCCCUCCAAUGCCGGAAACCAGUGAGCGGCAGGCUAAGGGCGUUUGGAGCUGCACUCAGCAGGAGGCGGUGCCGCUGUGAUGAGCGAGCAGCUGGGGUCGGUAGCGCAAGCGCGAUGGAGAAUGGAAUGGGGUCGGGUACGUCAAGGCCGGAAGUUGACGCUGUCUGCGGCAGCCGCAGGGGCGCGUUACGCUUUCGUGUGAAGGAACGGUGGUGGGAUGUGUUCGAUGGCUCCAGUUGCGUCUCAGGACACGGCCGAAACGGCCAAGCGUGCACAGCGUGGAGCGUGUGUAGUGCAUGUACAUAAUCAGUACAAGACGACGAUGGUAUGUAAGGUGACGGUCAUGGUAGUUGCUUGCAGUGCCAAGCCAGGAACUGACAGGAUACGGUUCGGAAGGGCGCGUGUUAGUGCGAAGGCGUGUGGACCUUGCCGCAAGGGCAAGGCGCUGCCGGGCCUGGCAAUACCGUAUAGCGCGCAGCUAUCGCAGACGGAUAUGCAGAGAGCGCGUCAUGGGAUCAUGCGUGUAAAGUGAAUGUGAGCUUGCAACAGGGCUGCCUGCAAGCUCCUGGAGCAGGCCAAGGCCCCGCAGUUGACAUGUUUUGGACCUGUGCGGGCAUCCCGCAUGUAACAUCCCGUGUGC